UGAAAUGUUUUGCUCCUUAUGACAUUUUGCGCCAUCUUUCGCUUUGAAAUUAAAAAGAGAAAGGAAUAUAACCUCGAAUUUCGUAAUGUACACUAGUUGGCAAGUGUCUCUAUACGGAAUAGUAGUGAUAAUAUUCUAUACGAUGUCGUCGGCAAAACCUCAAGAUACAAACUACAAUUAUGACAUUGGAGGUAUGCGAAUUAAAUACAAAAGCAAAAAUGAAACUUUCACGGAAGAUCGUCUUAUAAGUAAAGAGCCUAUCGGUCAAUUUAAAGCAUGGUUUGAUGAAGCUUGUAAUACUCCCCAAAUUUUUGAACCAAACGCUAUGUUUCUUGCCACGGCUACUAAAGAUGGAAUUCCGUCUGUACGACCAGUAUUACUUAAAGGUUAUGGCAAGGAUGGUUUCAAAUUUUAUACAAAUUACGAAAGUAGAAAAGGCCACGAGCUAGCUCAAAACUCAAAUGUAGCGGCAUAUCUUUACUGGGAACCUUUGAGACGAGGCGUGCGUAUAGAAGGUAAAGCGGAAAAAACUUCUGCAGAAGAUUCAGAUCGUUAUUUCCAAAGCCGACCGUAUUCAAGUCAAAUAGGAUCAUCAGCUAGUAAGCAGAGUAGCGUAAUUGCAAGUAGGGAGACACUUAUUGUUAAAGAGAGAGAGUUAUUAGCUCAGUUUCCAGAGGGACAAGUUAAAAGGCCAGAUCACUGGGGAGGAUAUAAUAUUAUUCCACAUUCCAUAGAAUUUUGGCAAGGUCAAAGUGAUCGUUUACAUGAUAGAAUUCGUUUUAGACGAGCUAAGUCAAAUGAAAAAAUCGACAAUGUACUAGUCCAUCAAGGUGAUAAUGGAUGGGUUUAUGAAAGAUUAUCUCCAUAAACAAUAUAAAAAAAAGCUUAUUUAUUACAUAAUAUUGAAUAUAUAAGUACAAAAAAAUACAAAAAUGCUUUUGAAUAGGAAGUUUCACAGAGGUCUAAGAUUGUUGCUUCCUUGUAAUUUUUAGAAUUUUUUUUUCUAACCCUGGAAAUACAUAUGUAAGCAAUUGUCUGUU